AUGAACCACCAAGACAACUAUUACCACGAUGGGAUGCUAGAGGACUUUUGGAUUAUGCCGUCUCCCCAGGAAUCCAGCCGCGCACGACGGGAGGCCCACCCUUCAUCCCUGAUCAUAUUCAUUGACACUGCUUCCGUCACUAUUCGAUUGCGGUUGAUCAGUAUACUGACCACUAAUGCAGAUAAUGCUACACCUCUGCCUCCCUCUGUUGAGGCGGCGUAUUACCGCAAGUGCAUUGCGCUCAAGCGCCGUCUCAACGAAAUCGAGGCAAACAAUGAAGCGGCCCGGCUGCGCAAGGUGCGCCUCGACCGAGCCAUCUUGAAAAUGCGGUUGGAAAGAGCAUUCUUGCUGGAGCGACUUGCGGAAAGAAUGGCUCCCAACGUGGACGACUCGGACCGCAGCACCAGCCCUCCUCCAACUGUACGCCACCAACUCUCUCCCUCGCUUGGAAGCUCUGUCAAGCCUGACAUUAGAUGCUCGCAGCCGCAAGAGAAGCCGACGCGUAGCAAGCGCACUGGCCGUCAAAAGACACCUCCGCUCGAAGGCCACCAAAGCGGCAGCGUACCACCCCAUCACUCCCCAGGAUCUGUCAGCAACACCACACAGCAGCCACAUGUCCACCCAUUGCAUGCUAUGUCGUCAGCGCAAUCAACCCCUGAUCCAGUUCGUCCGAACUCGGCAAUUCCUUACGGCAACACGUCAGUACCCACAGGACUCAACGGGACUCCGUCAUCUACGCCCUACAGUGGGCCUGCUCAGCUGCCCGCUAUUCCUACUGCCGGCAGUUCUGCACCUACCUUGCCACUACCGCACCCAGACUUUGGUGAGAGCAGGCCAGACGAUCGGGAAAGGCCGCUCAGUGCUGCGAACAGCACGUCUGCUGCCAGUGGCGAUUACGGUCGUCCCUUUGCGGCAGCGUCUGCGCCUGGUACACAAGGCGCUACUGGCGAGGUGCUCAGUGCUGGUCCGGAAAUCAGAUCGGACGCAAACGGUGAAAGGAGGAUUGUGCAGCAGGACACAGAGAUGGGAGAGGCCGAUGCAGCCCCCCGGGACUCCGAAGAUGCAGAGGCUCAACCUGGAGGUGUUGGCUUUACCGCCGUAAACCGGUAG